AACCGUUGCUCCAGUUCCCGGAAGUGAGAAGGAUGCUGAUGCUGGAAUAAACAUGGCGCUGCGGGGUGACGGUUGUUCCGGGGCCUCGGCCCUGGUGGUGCUGUGGGGUUUGGUGCUGCUGCUGUGCGAUGUGUCCUGGACUCGGGUUCAUCACCUCACGCUGAAGGACGACAUACGGCAGAAGGUCCACCUCAACAGUUUUGGUUUCUAUGAAAACGGCUCUAUGAGCGUGAAGGUUAACAGCCUCUCAAUAAAAAGCAACACGGAUCUCUCCAAACUAGACAACAGCACAUUUGGAUUCAGCCUGGACAGGACAAAGAACGAUGGCUUUUCCACCUACCUGGAUCAGGAAGUGCGGGACUGCAUCCUGAAGCAUACGCCAGAGAGCGUUUCCAUAACGCUGCUGAAACUGGACUUUACCAACAAACGUGUCCAUAUCAAGAACGUUGGCGGCAUCAGCUUGCCAAACAUUAUUGUCUCGCUUCCAGAGGUUAAAGAUACCGUGACGGCAACCAAAAGUCCCACCGUUAAAAGCGCCACGGUAAAAAUCCCUUCACCUGGUCAGCCUGGUAACCAGAAGAGCCGCAGGGAUACAGAAAAUUCUUGGUUUUCAGGUAAAGCUGCAGCUCCAGAGGCCAGGAGUGAAGACAAGAAAGAGAAAGACAAAGAGAAGAAAGAAAAAGUUAACAAAGAAAUUAAAGUAAAAGACGAGUAUCGCUCUAUGAAGGUGGAGGAGGGUGUAGCAUCAUUCCAGUUUGAUUUUAACGUGAGCUCCAACGAGCUGGAGGGACUCUACAGCCUUUACUUCCACAGCUGUGCGGGAGCUGGAAAUUCAGUCCGAGACCAGCACCUCUUCAGUUUGGAUAUUGAAAUUAUCAACAAGAAUCCAGAAAGUUACCUUUCAGCAGAUGAGAUUCCGUUACCUAAGCUUUACAUCUGUAUGGCGCUCUUCUUUUUUUCUGCAGGAGUCCUCUGGGUUCAGAUCCUCCGGAAGCGCAGGAGCGAUGUCUUCAAGAUCCAUUGGCUGAUGGCAGCGCUGCCUUUCACAAAGUCAUUGUCGCUGGUGUUUCAUGCAAUCGACUACCACUACAUUUCUUCUCAGGGGUACCCGAUCGAAGGGUGGGCUGUGGUAUAUUAUAUCACACACUUACUGAAAGGAGCGCUGCUUUUCAUCACAAUUGCACUGAUUGGAACUGGCUGGGCCUUUGUGAAACACAUCCUAUCUGACAAAGAUAAGAAGAUUUUCAUGAUCGUUAUUCCACUACAGGUUCUGGCCAAUGUGGCUUACAUCAUCAUAGAGUCCACAGAAGAAGGCACGACGGAGUACGGGCUGUGGAAGGAGAUUCUGUUCCUCGUGGACCUCCUGUGCUGCGGAGCGAUCCUCUUCCCAGUUAUAUGGUCCAUCAGGCAUCUACAGGAGGCAUCGGCUACAGACGGAAAAGCUGCGAUCAACUUGGCGAAGCUGAAGCUCUUCAGACAUUACUACGUCAUGAUCGUCUGCUUCAUAUACUUCACCCGGAUCAUCGCCAUUUUUAUUAUGGUUGCAGUCCCCUUCAAAUGGAAGUGGAUGUACCAGCUCCUGGAUGAAGUGGCCACCUUCAUAUUCAUUGUGUUAACCGGGUAUAAAUUCCGCCCGGCGUCCGACAACCCGUACCUUCAGCUUCCCCAGGAAGAUGACGCCGAUGACCUGGAAAUGGAGGCAGUUGUGACAACCACAGGAGCGACAGAGGGUGUGAAGAAAGUGAAAAAAGUCGUCAAUGGAUCUUCGGAGCCGCGCUCGGAGGGGGAUAGCUACGUUUUUUUGGGGGGGGGGGAUUUUUUUAUAUAGAUGUACCUCAAAUUAGAAGCAAGUGAACGGCUUAAGUUAUUAUAUACGAGUGUACAGCGACUGCAGUUUUUUUUUGUUUCGUUCUCUUCUAUUUCUAGGUCAUUGGCGUUUUUUGUUUUGGUUUCUCUCCACUUUUCAUCGCUAUGAAAAAAAAAUUCACCCAUAUGUAAAUAUUCUUUCAUUCUAUAGGGGAAGAGAGAGACUGCAUACAUAUUAAAGGUUUAAAAAAUA